GGAUCAGAAGCUCGCGCAGACCUGCUUGACCAACCUCGGACGACCCGGAGUCGCCAAAGCCACAGGUCAAAGAGUUAUUUCUCCUUUUUUUAAAAAAAAAAUAGAUUCUAGCUAUGUGUGCAUUCAAUAGUUGGAGAUAAAACUGCAGCAAAAGGCUGGUGUGGUUGUUCGGGGGAGAGGGGGAGUUUUAGUGCGCGCCUCACCGGACCACAGGAGGAGGAAAUCUGGGAGAGAGGGGGAAGAGAAGCGGCGUCUCCAAGGAUGACUUUAGGGACGGAUAUGUCCGACAGCUCUGCAUUGUCCGAAGAUGUGGACAUCGAUGUAGUCGGGGGUGACAUAUCCGUUGGAAAGGACGGAAAGUAUAUUCACCACGAGUUCAACUUGGACAAUGACUCCGACGACAAUUACUCACAGAACGCAGCAGAGAGGAGCUCCUCUCCCGGGCUCAGCAGCUCCGACUGCCCGUCAGAGCAGAUGGGAUCCGGCACAGAGGCGGGGACCGUGAUUGGGGACAAACCCAGAAAAAGUGCACUUGUGAAGCCACCCUACUCUUACAUCGCCCUUAUCACCAUGUCGAUCCUGCAGAGCCCCAAGAAACGCCUCACUCUAAGUGAGAUCUGCGAAUUCAUCAGCAACAGAUUCCCUUACUACAGGGAGAAAUUCCCCGCGUGGCAAAACUCAAUUCGUCACAAUCUCUCCCUGAACGACUGCUUCGUGAAAAUCCCACGAGAGCCCGGCAACCCCGGCAAGGGCAACUACUGGACCCUCGACCCGGAUUCCGCAGACAUGUUCGACAACGGCAGCUUCUUGCGCAGGAGAAAGCGCUUCAAGAGGCAUCAAGCGAACGAAAUCCUCAGGGACGCCGGUGGUUUCUUACCCGGGUUUGGAUACGGGCCGUAUGGAUACAACUAUGGACUUCAGCUGCAGAACUUUCACGCAGCUCACAACCCGUAUCACCCACACCACGCAGGUGGUGCAUUCCCGUUUUCUAACGCGCCCUGCACCUUGUCUUCAUCGGCCACGAUAUUCCCGGCGCCUCAUCCGCUGCCUUCUCUUUUGGGCGCUGAUUUAAGAAAGCCCUUUUACCCGCAACUCAGCCCUUCUCUGCCGCUUCUCAAGACGGACUCCAGUGCCCCGAACCGGCCUUCUUUCUCCAUUGACAAUAUCAUCGGUGCGGCCAACUCAGCCGCCUCCUCCUACAGCGCGCAGCCGGGCAGCCAGGCUCACAUCCUGGCCAUGCUGACCCCAGCACUGGCCUCUGCUUCAGGUCAUUUGAACCUGUCACAGGACAGCGUAUUACACCCUGGGCCACAGACUGAGACUUUUCGCAGCAAAACCCCGAACAUGAACACUUGUCCUUUUUAAAAAAGAAAACACAAUUUAUUAAAAAUUAAAAAAGCCGGUUAUGGCGCUGUCGUAUGUAAAGCUAUAGGCUGAACACGCUCUCCCCGUUUGUUCACAAUGUCAGUGGAGAGAAAAGGUUUAUUUAUGGUUUGUAAAUAUGCGUAUAAUAUUGAGAAACAAAAUGACAAACUGCU